UAUUAGACGUCUUUUAAAUGGUAGAUUUUUAAAUUCACAUAAGUUAAAUAAUUUUGUGUGCUCUGCUAAUUAAAACAGCUAAAACUUAUUUCCUGGUUUCAGAGCUGGUCAAGCUGUAAUACCAUCUGACCCACCAGCUUAAACCUGCUUGACCAGAUUUUGUUGUUUGUUUUUAGCACAAAUUCACUUAAAUUGUAUGUUUUGUAUGCACAAACUAGACUUAUUUUCUUAGGUCAUUUUGCUCAUCGAGAAAAUGCAUCUUGAUUUAAGAAUCUUUAUAUAUUUCUACUGAAAACAAGACAAAAAUACUAAGUAUAAAAAUCAGAGAAUACCAUACAUCUUGCCAGUUAUUUGGCAAAAACAUCAUGUGACCAAAUUAAAUGUAUUAUUUUGGGUAGAAAUGGGUUACUUAUAGCUGCAUUAUAUUGGGUAUUUAGUUAACCUAGAUGGGUGAAAUGAUGAAAUGAUAUUGCUUGCUACUUAUGUCUAAUCUUCAAGUAUAAACUUCUUUCACUUUGAUUAAAGUAUUUAUUAUUCUUAUCUAGUUCUCUAUUAGCUUACUGGUUAAAUGUUAACAGUUAAUGCAAUUUUACAAUUUUACAUUUUGUGAAUACUUUGAUGUGCUCCUGAACAGAUAAUUGCUGUAAAUGACCAUAAUGCACGCCUUCAUGCUGUUUAUAAACAAUAAGAUCAAACGUGUACUUUAUUAAUUAAUAGUUAUAAUUUCAAUCAUCAGAAGAUGCAGAAUGUGCAAAUGAGUGCAAAUCCAAUUCAAUGUAAUGCAGUCUUUCACUUUUGGUACUGAUAAACACAUGGCAGUCUUUCCAGGGAACAAUGACCUCGGAGAAUUAAAAGGAAGAGGAAAUGAUUUUCUGUGGUAUUUCAGUGAUUUGCACAGGCAUGUGACCGCCUUCCACUCAUCAUCAUACCUGUAUAAAUACACAGCAGCACGCGUGUACCAUUCACAUUACACACGAACUGAAGGCUUUAGCAGAAUCCAUGCAGAAUGGGGUUUGGCACCAACAGUGAGGUGAUUGGCAGCAUGCCAAAUGUCUGUAUGUGCUCCGGUUCUACUUACGCGGAGCAAAUCCUGCAGAUGCUGAACCAGUACAGACGGAGCGGCACGUUCACGGACGUCGUGCUCCAGGUGGAUGGCUGCGAGUUCCCCUGCCACCGUGUCACCCUGUGCGCCAGCAGCUCUUACUUCCGUUCAAUGUUCAGCGGUCACUUUCGGGAAAGCGCACAGGCUGAGGUGAAACUUCAGGGAAUCUCAAGGAGGACCAUGGAGCAUUUGCUCAACUUUAUGUAUGAGGGCAAGCUGAGUCUAGACGAGGAGAACGUGCAGAGCAUCUACCAGGCGGCAGAUAGGCUGGAUGUGCCGGCACUGGCCGUGGCCUGCGUGCAGUUCCUGGAGAAAUCCGUCAAUCCGGCCAACUGCAUCAGCAUCAUGGACUUGGCCGACUCAUACUCGCUCUGGCCUCUGCAGGAGCGCUGUCUGAACCUGCUUUACAACAACUCCGAGCAGGUUUUCAAGCACGAGGAGUUCCUCAGCUCGUGCAAAGCCAGAGUCCUGGAGCUGCUGACCUGUGAGGAGUUGCAGGUGACGGAAGAAGUUCGGGUGGAGGCUGCGCUCAGGUGGGUCCAUCACCGGCCAGCUGACAGGAAGCAGGAUCUCAAAGAGCUGCUGGAGCAGAUGCGUCUUCCCCUGCUGGACCCGGCGUUCUUCAUCGGCACGCUAGAAACGGACGAGCUGGUUCUGAAUUGCCGCGACUGCAGGUCGUUGCUGCUAGAGGCCAGGAUGUACCACGUUUAUGGGCGAGAAGUGAGCUCACCACGCACCAAACCCAGGAGGAGCUCUGGUUGGGCAGAGAUGAUCGUGGUCAUUGGUGGUUGUAACAGGAGUGGUUUUUCCAGACUUUCUUUAAUGGAAAAGUUAAAUCCGCUCACAGGACAGUGGAUCUCCUCUGCUGCUGUCCCUGGAUAUCCAAAAUCUGAGUUUUCAGCGUGUGAACUGCAGAAUGACAUUUACCUCUCAGGCGGGCAGCUGAACAGCUCAGAUGUUUGGAGGUUUAUGUCUGGGAUCAAUCAGUGGGUUCCUGUCCGGGCUUUGUCCAAGGGCAGAUGGAAACAUGAGAUGGUUUCUCUGUGUGGAAAGUUGUAUGUUGUUGGAGGUUAUAACGGCCGUGAGCGUUUGUCUAGUGUGGAGUGUUAUAAUCCUCACAAUAACACGUGGAGGACAGUCUGUGAUCUGCUGCUGCCCGUGAGCUCGGCUGCUGCGGUCGGCUGCGCUGGAAAACUCUACAGCAUCGGAGGAGCAGUCGGUGACAAAACAAACACUGACAAGGUGCAGUGUUAUGACCCUGUGACUGACAGGUGGGUGUACGUCACGUCCUGUCCGUUCUCGAAUCGCUCGCUCAGUGCCGUCUCGCUCAACGGCUGCAUUUAUGUGACGGGAGGUUUGCUGAAAGAAAUCUUCUGUUAUACACCGAGCACAGACGUCUGGAGUUCAGUCGCAGAGCUGCCCAUCAAACUGGAGGGUUGCAGGCUCACCGUGUUCGAUGGGAAAGUUUAUAUUGUGGGAGGUCGGGAUGAGUUCUCAUCUGGUGUUAAUUACAUUUGGGCGUUUGACCCGAUGACUGGCAAACUAACAGAAGAGAAUCCACUGCCUCGAUGUCUCAGUUAUCACGGCUGUGUGACCAUAACGCAGCAUCUCUAG